GGUGGUGAGGAAAACAGAAAUCCAUCGUUUCUGAGAAAAAGAGCGCACUUCUAGGCAUGAAGCUAACGUCAAAAAACUGCCAUUUUUAGGCAAAGGGAGUGGUUUAAUCAAACCCACUAAUUUCCAUGCACUGUCCCUUUUAAGAUUACCAACCAACCUCUCCUCAAUCCCACGAGCUCUCUCUCUCUCUCUCUCUCUCUCCUCACUGUCCUCUCUGCAACUUCAUGGCGAUUUUUCAGGUUUGAUGGUGGAAUGACUGAUAUAGUGGGAUUUAAACUUUAAAGGGCCAAAAGUAUAGAAAAAGAUGGCCCACUAAGGAAAAAGAGGGGAGCAAGAGAGAGAGCAACAGCGUUACUGAUCAUUCACCAUUCACCAUUCACCACACCACUUCUUUUGUUUUCAUUUUGGGGUUUAAUUUGUGUGUUUUUGGGGUUCUGUAAUUGGGUUUUGUCUGCUUCUAGAGCUUUGAAUUUGAUGAACUUCUUUUUCUUAUGAUAAAUCCGCCGGUAUUUAUAUGUUUUUUGGUUUUAGUUGAAAUACCGCUAGUACUGAAUUAUAUGGGACAUAUUAAAAAAUAAAAAUAGAUAAAAAAAAAAUAGCAGAUCCCGAAGAAAGAAAAGGGCAAAACAUAAAUACAAAACCUUGGUCUGCUACUGGUGGUGUCUGGCGCAUGCACGUCUGGUCUCUUGAUCAUGACUCGUGAGUCUCUUUGCAUGUCGGUUGUGUGAGCCCAGUGAUUCUUGUUGAGGAUUUGAGGGAGAAAGUGCGAGAAAGACGGGGAAAAAGUGUGUCCUUUGGUUUUUUAUUUCCUAUUUCCUUUGGUUUUUCGCCUGUGCUUAGAAAUGAAGCUCACAAAGCUGUAGCAAAGAGAGAGAGAGAGAGAGAGAGAGAGAGAGAGUUACUUCAUGGAUCCUGCACCUACAGUCUUUCUCAUUUCUGGGUUUAAUAAAGAUGAUGGUUUUGACUGUACUAGAACCAUUCUUUUGCAUUUCUUUUCCUAAUAUAAACCCUCAACCAAGUCACGAGUUCACGAAUUUCUGCCAUAUUUUGGAGCUUGAAUUUUGUCUUGAUUUCAAACCAUGGAGUAAAUGGCUAUUUUUUGGUAAAGAUACAUACUUUUCGUGCGGAAAUAUAGUAUUCUGAGUGAUGCUAAGGAAGAGAUCCAGAGUCACAAGCAGUAAGCUAAUGGCGGAUUAUAGCACAGUUCUAUCACCAACAGACAAAUAUAGAAAACCCAGUUCUUUUCCAAGGUUGUUCGCAGGCUUGACGUCCUUCAAGAAUUUCUCUGAAACAGCUGAGGCAGUCAUGAGCCCAACUUCAAUUCUCGAUAGCAAACCUUUCUCGGGGCUCAAAAACUCCUUCUUGCCUGACCUCCUCACCCCUAAAACCCCAGAAUCCGAGACCAGGCGUACCUGGGACAAGAUGGACUCCAAAGGCAUUGGCCUUGGCAUUGUUGAUGCUCUUAAUGAUGAUAAAACUGACCCCAAUUUGUCAAAAUCCGAAAGCAGAAUGGUUCUAUUCGGAUCACAGCUAAAGAUUCAAGUUCCUCCUUUGCCUCCUGCACUUCAUUCAUCACCAACUGAAUCUCCCAAAUCUCCUGCUGAUUUUGGCAUCAAAACAAGGAAUUCUCAAUUGGGUUCUUUCCAUUCUGGGUCAUCUCAUUCUCCUGCUAAGAAAUCAGCGUGCGGUUCAGCCGAUUCGGGCAUGGAUACUCCGAAUUCACCCCGAGUUUUCACCGGUUGUCUCUCUGCAAGUGAGAUGGAGCUUUCUGAGGACUACACUUGUGUGAUCUCAUAUGGGCCUAACCCAAGAACUACUCAUAUAUUUGACGAUUGCAUUGUUGAGAGCUGUUGUGGUAUUGUUGGAUAUUCUGAUUCGAGGGCAGAGACUACUGGAUUUUUGGGCGAUGGAUCAAGUUAUUCAUCAGAGAAUUUCUUAAGCUUCUGUUAUGCUUGCAAGAAGAAUCUUGGGCAGGGAAAAGACAUUUACAUGUACAGAGGUGAAAAAGCAUUUUGCAGCCGCGAAUGCCGGCACCAGGAGAUGCUAUUAGAGGAGGGAAUAGAUAAGCUGGACGUUUAUGGAACUUGUUCAUGAAAUCUCUAGCUGUUAAUAUUUGCCUCAAAUGGUCACCCCAAGAACUAAACCAACUAUUUCCAUAAGGGUAACUUUGUACUCGCUAGCAUGUUAUGAACAUCCAAUUUUUACAUCAAAUGAAGACAGCCCAGAUUAUUAUUAUUAUUAUUAUUAUUAUUAUUAUUAUUAUAAUCAAAGAUGGUUCUUGAAUCUGUUUCCAGUGUUUUUUUUUUUUCUGUUUUUAUUUUCUCCUUUGGUUUUCCCUUUUGUAGAAUUUGACGGACUGAAAAGGCUAAGAGCCUGAAACUCUGUGUAGAGUUGGAUCUUUGUUUAAUUUAAUUGAUAGUUGUCCACA